UUAACAAUGAGAACCUUGGGUGUUUAUUUUAAUUCUAAGGCGGACGUGCAUCGUUUUUAUGCUUCAUUCUUUAUUACAAAACACUGCUAAAAAAGCUUUUAUCAAUGGAUAAGAAGCUUCUACACAAGAAUAACUAUGUUUACGUGCUAGAGCACGACACGGCAGAGUCUAAACGCCUACUUGAAGACAAGGAACGAAAGAAAAACUGGAAAAGAUGGGGGCCAUACUUAUCUGAGAGACAGUGGGGGACGGUACGGGAAGACUACUCAGCUGAUGGCUCGUGUUGGGAUUAUUUCUCACACGACCAGUCCAGAUCAAGAGCCUAUCGCUGGGGUGAAGAUGGUCUACUUGGAAUAACUGAUCGCCAGUGUAGGUUAUGUUUUGGACUUGCCCUUUGGAAUGAAAAGGAUCCUAUUUUGAAAGAAAGACUGUUUGGUUUGACUGGAACUGAAGGUAACCAUGGUGAGGAUGUGAAGGAGUGUUACUACUACCUUGAUUCAACUCCAACCCACUCAUACAUGAAAGCAUUAUACAAAUACCCGCAGAAUGAGUACCCUUACAGCUUGUUGGUGGAGGAGAACAAGAGGAGGUCCAGAUUUGAACCAGAGUUUGAACUCAAUGAUGCAGGUGUGUUYGAAGAUGGUCGCUACUGGGAUAUACAGGCAGAAUAUGCCAAGAACACCCCCAAUGACAUCUUAAUCAACAUCACAGUCACAAAUCAUGGCCCAGAGAAAGCCAGACUCCAUGUCUUACCAACAUUAUGGUUCAGAAACACCUGGAUCUGGGGGUGUAAGCAUGAGGGAUGCUCACAGAAAGCAAAGAUCAAGGAGACCGAUACAUGUACUGUUGAAUGUUGGCAAGAAACUUUGGGAAAGUAUAUAUUUGUUGCUGAUGUUGGACAAGAUGGUAAACCUGUUACUAUGUUGUUUACUGAGAAUGAGACUAAUUCUGAACUUCUAUUUAACUCUCCAACGUAUACCAAAUACACAAAGGAUGCAUUCCAUCGCUACAUCAUUCAAGGACAAAAAGAUGCUGUCAACGAUAAAAGACACGGAACCAAGGUGGCUCCCUAUUACGUGGUAGAAGUCCCUUCUGGGGGAGAGUGCAAAAUGAGAUGUCGUCUUAUGGCCCUAGAUGAGGUCGUCAAGGACCCUUUUUCUGAGCGGUCCUUUGGGGCUGUACUGGAACGUAGGAAGAAGGAGGCUGAUGAAUUUUACRAGAUUGUUAUUCCAUCCUCUUCUGCUGAACAAGCUCUAGUUAGCCGCCAGGCCUAUGCUGGUUUGUUAUGGACCAAACAGUUUUAUCACUACAUCAUCAAUGACUGGCUAGAGGGUGACCCAGRAACCAUUACGCCGCCAGCAUCUAGACUGUCAGGGAGAAAUUCUAACCCAGAGUGGAGGCACUUGUUUAACAGAGAUGUCGUGUCCAUGCCGGACAAGUGGGAGUACCCUUGGUAUGCCACAUGGGAUUUAGCRUUCCACAUGCAACCCAUGGCUCGAAUUGAUCCAGAGUUUGCCAAGAAUCAGCUGAUGUUAUUUUUACGUGAGUGGUACAUGGCUCCUAAUGGUCAGAUGCCUGCCUAUGAGUUUGCUCUUAGUGAUGUCAACCCCCCUGUUCACGCUAUGGCAUGUCACUUUGUUUACAAGAUGACAGGAAGAAAGGGACACAGAGAUGAGCUGUUCCUGGCCAGAUGUUUCCAGAAGCUUUUAAUAAACUUUACCUGGUGGGUGAACAGGAAGGAUCCAACAGGCAACAAUCUUUUUGGUGGAGGAUUUCUUGGCCUGGAUAACAUAGGGAUCUUUGAUCGCUCAAAGGACCUUCCAGUACAAGGCAGCCUUAUGCAGGCCGAUGGUACCGCAUGGAUGGCCUUCUACUGUGCUGUAAUGCUUGGUAUUUCCUUGGACCUCGCUGUACAUGACCCUUCCUAUGAAGACAUGGCAUCCAAGUUUUUUGAACACUUCACUCAAAUCUCUGAUGCUAUGAAUACAAUGGGUGAUGGCUUAGGCUUGUGGGAUGAGGAGGAUGGCUUUUACUAUGAUCAUCUUAUGUGUCCUAUAUCAAAGAAGAGCCAGCCACUGCGGGUGCGCUCCAUGGUGGGAAUCGUUCCUCUCUUUUCUUGUCUCGUCCUUGAAGACGAAUUUGUUGAGAAACUGCCUGGCUUCAAGAAACGACUUGACUGGUUUUUGGGAAACAGAAAAGACUUGGCGUCUCAGGUAUCCUACAUGCAAACUGACGGCCAAAGCAAAUACCAUCAUUUACUGGCAAUUCCCACCAAAGACCAGCUUUGCCGAGUACUCAAACACGUACUGGAUGAGAAUGAGUUCCUCUCACCUUAUGGUAUUCGUUCCCUAUCUCUCUAUCACAAGGACAACCCAUACAGCCUUAAAGUGGGCGAGGAAGUAUACAGUGUGGAAUAUGUACCAGGGGAGUCUAAUACCUUCAUGUUCGGAGGCAAUAGCAAUUGGAGGGGUCCAAUAUGGCUGUGCUUGAAUGCCCUUCUUGUCGAGUGCUUAGAACGUUAUGACUAUUUCUAUGGUGAAAGUCUAAAAGUGGAGUGCCCAACAGGCUCGGGCAACCUGAUGCGACUAAGUGACGUAGCUCAAGAGCUUUCUCGUCGUCUGACGUCAUUAUUCCUACCUGAUGAGAACGGUAUACGACCCUGCCAUGGCAACGAGCACCAAUAUGCUGAUGAUCCAAACUGGAACCAGUUAGUCCUGUUUUACGAGUAUUUCCAUUCCGAAACUGGACGGGGAUGUGGCGCUAGUCACCAAACAGGAUGGACAGCUGUUGUAACUUGUCUCUUGGAUAAGUUAUCAAACCAUAACAGCUGAACUCAAGUCUGGCAGAACUGUUGCGUUUAUUUAAUCAACACUAAAUAUUUAUUGGAACUGUAGGAGAUUGAAUCAUUCGCACAUUCAUAUAUCCCACAAUAACAUGUUUUCGACAUAGAUACGACUUACGUAGGACCGCGGAGCUAGGGGAGCCAAGGGGCUAAGGGGCUUUAGCCCCACCAAUAAUUUUGCCGCCAUUAUUGAUUCAUUUGCUUAUUUUUUUAUUUGAUAUAAAAUUGAGUAUUCGGAAGAGAGAUUUCUGAAUUAUUAGCCCCCCCCCCCCCAAUCCAAACGUUCCGCGGUCUCUGUUACAGCCGACUGUUCGUACUUUUUUGCUGUAUGCUUGAAUUAUUAGAUUAGUCGUCGUAGCUAAAUGUAAGUUAAAUCGCAUUCUGAAGUCUACAAAAUUUUCACUUUUUGAACUUCCAAAUUUACCUCGAGGAUUUAAGAAUUCAUUUCCAAAUAUCCAGGCGCAAUAAACCGAUCCCGGUUUUGAUUGUCCACCAAAACAAAAAGAGAGUUUUUUCCAAAUGGAAUACAGAAUGUCCGAUCAACAAACACGAAUUCAUAAGACUUUUUAGUAAUUAUUGAUAUUUUUCUUAAUGUACCUUUAGAAUUCAUUGAUUCUAAGACAUUAAUAUUUUUA